AUGGCACCUUCAAUGGGUAAAUUCAAGGAACAAAUCCAUGCCGAAGAGCGUUUGUCCCUCACACUUCUGUACUCAGCAUAUGGAAUUCCUUUCAAAAAAUUAGCAUGGAGCUACAAAAGUGGAAAGACCACUGUGAGAAACAUAGUGCUGGAGACAUGUGAGGCUAUUUGGGAAAUGCUUUCACCAAUUUAUCUGAGUGAACCCACGCAACAACAGUAUAAAGACAUCACGACCGACUUUGCGCAAAUGUGGAACAUGCCAAACUGUGUAGGUGCGAUUGACGGAAAACAUAUUGCGAUAAAAUGCCCUCCAAAUUCAGGAUCCACGUAUUAUAAUUAUAAAAAGUUUUUCAGCAUUGUGCUGUUGGCAGCAUGUGAUGCUAAAUACACUUUUACAGCCAUUAGCGUAGGAGCUUACGGAAGCCAGAGUGAUGGAGGUAUUUUUCAUGCAACGAGAUUUGGCGAAGAUCUGUUAGAAAAUCGUUUGCCACUACCACUUGAUACUCCACUUCCGUUAUCUUCCCACCCGUUUCCGCAUUACUUUGUUGGAGACUGUGCCUUUCCAUUAAAAAAUAAUCUUAUGAAGCCGUAUCCAGGUGUUCAAAAACUCAACCGCUCUGAUUAA